CAGCCUCCCAGGAGGGCACCAGUUGUUGCUGACUGAGCCCUCAUGCUUCAUGUGCCUGGAGAUGUCUGUCAUGGCCAGAGCAAACUGGCAGGACUCUAGGGAGGCACAGCCAAGGCCUCAGUGUAACUGACUGUCUUGCAACACCAGUGUGAGAAUAAGGUGGGGAAUGAAGUUGACAUUGGUGUAGAGGUAAUCCCAGAUGCAUGUUCUGAGACAGUGUACCAUGGAUGUUGAUGGUACCAUUGUGAUAUCACCUGGAGAUGGAUUGUGAUGCCCUUGAAGGAUGGAUUGUGACCCACAUCCCUCACUGCUUACAGCUGAGCACAAAGUUUCACCCAGCCAGCUCAUGCCCAGACACAUCUGAAGGACAGGAUGCCAUCCAGGGGGACCUAGACAGGCUCAUGGAGUGGGCCAUGGGAAACUCAUGAGGUUUAACAAGACCAAGUGCAAGGUUCAGGCAUCUGAGACAUCUGCACCCAGGAGGUGCACUUGCACCAGCAGAGAGUAAAACUUGCUGAUACGAUGCUGGUGAAAGGGACAACUCAUAACCCCAGCUCCCCUCAGGCCACUGCAGAGAAGAGCAUGGCCACCGAGAUGGACAGCUGCUGUCCCAUCUGCCUGGACACCUUGAAGGAGAUCAGCUACAUAUUUCCGUGCCUGCACCAGUUCUGUUACACCUGCAUCCUGCAGUGGGCAGAGAACACACCCAAGUGCCCCCUCUGCAAGAGGAGAAUUCUAUCCAUCCUGCACUCCACGGAGACAGAAAAUAACUACAUAGAGCAUGUAAUUACAUUAUCUGAGGCACCAUCCAUCAUUGUCCACCAGACGAGAGGUGACCCCAGAUACCUUGACAUCCAUUUCUCUGGAGCAUCCCAAACAUGGUCUGCAGAAGGAGUGCCCAGGCAUCCUGUGGGCAGCCUCCAGCCUGGGGAAUGGAUGGUACUUUUCCGGGACCACCCAUGCCUCCUAGAAGCCCUAGUGCUCUGGGUCCGACCGAGGCUGAGGCAGAUCUUCAGGAACAACUGGAUGGAGGCAGACCUCGUGGAGGGCACUGUCCUGGACAUCCUGACCAACCAUGGAAUUGAUGAAGACCAGCUGGUCCAGAUGCUGGGGGUCUCCCUCCAAAACCAUGCGGCGACAUUUGUGCAACAGCUUAUCCGUGUGGCGGUGCGACAGUGCAGCAGGGAGGCCUGCCGUCUGCUCACCCACCAGCCCUACCUCCCUGCCCAGGUGCCAGCCCUUCUGACAGCCCUGCAGGAUGCACCAUGGAUGAGGUGCCCAACACCGCCUCCUCUGCCAUGGAUGGGGGUUUCAGAAGCUACCCCUCUGUACCCAUUACCAUCACUGUUGGAGCAAGAAGAGCCCCAAGAGGAGCCAGAGGAGUCUGUUUCUGGGUCUCCACUUCCAGACAGGGCAGUGACCCCUCUCCUGAAGGGCCAUGGUGACCUCUGAAGAGGCAGGCAAGCGGCUGUGGGGACUCUUCAGCCACCCCUGUAUCUGUGACUUUGGAGGAUGCCUCAGGGGUUAGCCACCAGCUGGGGCAUGC